GCUGAUGUUACGGAUCGUGUAUGGAUCGUGCUACCCACAGACUGAGCUAUAUAAUACAGCUCAGUGCGUGCUACCGGUACGGAUCGGGUAGUGACAUCUGCUCCUACACUGACUAAUUUUUUUGCUGCACAAUAAACCGGAAGUAUACGUUCAAAAACAAGGUGCAGAGGUUUUGGAUCCAACCAGGGAACAAUCCAGCAUGUUUUACUGCAGCAGCGGCGGUUCCGAUCCGCUGAACAUGUCCAAAAGCGGCGUCCUGAGAGGAAUCAUCACCGAGAAGCUGAGCACAGCCGCCCGGGAGAUCUUAGCGGUGGUGGAGAGGACCGUAGCCGACUACGAGGAGGAGGCUUCGGGCUUCAGGCGCGAGAUCGAGCGGCAGAGGAGGCAGCUGGAGCUCCUGCAGCCUCGGCUCAAGCUGCCCAGAACAGAGCUGCUCCCAGAUCUGCAGAGCCACGAGGAGGUGGUGGUUGGUGAGGAGCAAGAGGAGCAGCAGCUCACACAGAGCACAGGUGUGGAGGCAGCUGAGAGUCACAGUCCACCUGGGAAACACUCUGAGGAAGAGGAGGAGGAUGAUGUUAAGGGGGAAGGCGAGAUUGAGGAAGAAGGUGGUCAUGAUGAGGAGGUGAAACAAGAGGAGGAUGACGAUGAUGAACAGGAGGAUGAAGAAUCAGUAAUAAAAAACAAGAUGAUCCACGAAGACCUGAAGGACCCAGAUUUUGAAAUACCACCAAGGUCAGUUCAGCUUGGACAUAAAAGACACUGCUUAACUCUGAAAAUUAACACAAAGGAGCCUCUAAAUCUCAGGAUCCGGAUACUGGAGGACUCUGAGACCACCGUGCUCUCAAAUGCUGUGUUUCAGAAGAGUCCGAUCUGGGACCUGGAGUGUCCUCAUGGUCUAGAGGAAGCGGCCUUCCUGGACCUGCUAAGAUCCACCUUCCCUCAGCUGGCUGCUGGGGAACCUUUUGAUACCUUCAUAACAGAUAAGAGCAGGAAGCUGCAGCCUCUGAAUGUGAAAGCUCUGACUCCAGAGGAGAUCAACACCGCCAUCAAAUCCAUUGGAAACUCGGCUCUGUACAUCCGCCCCAAGAAAGAAGAGGUUAAGACCGAGAAAAAGGAAGAACAUCUGGUCGCUGAUGCUACAAUUAUUGACCCUGGGAUCAUGGACAAUGAAACUGGGCUCCCCACAAGCUCUGUUCAAAGUGUACAGGGUUCUGGAAAAAGUGACAUGUCCAUCGAGUCAAAAUCCCAACAGGACAACCUACAAGAUGAGAAUGAAGAAGGUGACAGCAACACUGACUCCAGCAGUACCAGAGAUCAGACAUCAGAGGGAGACAAGACCAUGAAACCUGAUCCCAAACUGCAGAGACAGGGUCAGGGUAAACAGGGCAGGAAGAGAAACGGGGAGACUAAGAUGUCUUGUAAAGUGUGUGGACUCUGGUACCAGAACUAUGGCUGCUUGAUGAACCAUGCCUUGAAUCACGUCAACAACCCUCAGAGUGUUUGUGGAGUCUGUGGGGAAAAGUUUGAGUCUGCGGAGGCGUUAAAGGAACAUCUCGGAAGUCACAAAAACAUUCACAACUGUUCACAUUGUGGGAAGUCUUUUGUCUCCAUCAUCAGGUUCAACAAUCACGUUGCUAACCACACUGGAGAGAGUCUGUUUAAAUGUGACGUCUGCAGUAAAACCUUCUCAACCAAAAGGAGCUUGCACAUUCAUCAUUGGGUUCAUGUGGAAGAUAAACCACACAAGUGUGAUAUUUGUAAGCAAAGCUUUGGUCUGGAGUCACUUCUCAAAGCUCACAUGAAGCAACAUGGGAGAAAAGAACUUUACAAAUGCAAAAUCUGCAAUAAGCCUCUGACCACUCGCCAAUCUGUUACCCGGCACGCGUUGACCCACUCAGACAAACUGCAUUAUGGCUGUGAAACAUGCGGGAAACGCUUUAAAUCGGAAAGUGGACUGAAAUCACACGAGAAAACUCACACGGUGGGAGAGCUGCCGUUCCUCUGCCACAUCUGCUGUAAAACAUGUCGAUGUAAACGAACGCUGAUGAGCCACUUAAAAGUUCACAGCACUGAGAAACCAUUUGUUUGUACCGUUUGCAGUAAAGCCUUUAAGUACAAGACGAGUCUAUACAAACACAUGAAGGUGCACACUGUGGAAACUCCCUUUGAAUGCUGUGAGUGUGGACGCCGCUUCAAACAAAAGAGUCACCUUAAACAGCACAUGAAGAUCCAUUCUGGCAUCGAAGACUUUAUCUGUAGCGUUUAUCUGUAACUCACAUGUCAUGUGAAUUCUCUAAAAAUUCACAGGACCAAGAAAAAGCGUCCCUCGCUUCGUCAGAGCCUGGAAGAAACCAUAGGAUGUUACGUAGGAUGAGAAAGCUUCCUGGAGAGGAAGCGAAACGUCUUCAACUAUGGAAAACAAGUCCAGUUGCUUUGUUUUUUUACUUUUUCUUUUACUUUUUUUUUGGAAUGACCAUGACCUGGAUGACUGAGAGUCUUCACCAGCAUAGGAUGUUACACUAAUUUAAAUUCUUACCUUGUUUUGAUGAGUUGUUAGAAAAGCUUUUUGGAUUCAAGAUUCAAAUUGUGAUGUGAAGAAAAGAAACGGAAUACUUAACUCACCUAGUUCCACAAAAAGAUUCAUUCAAACUAUCUGUGGCAUGGUGGGACAGUGGUUAGCGCUAGCUCUGUUUAUAUGGACAUAAGUAAUGGGAGUAAAGGGCCGAUUAGAAUAAGAAUGUGUCAUGGAAAUACUGCAAUUGGUAUAUUGUGAUCAGAUGAAACUGUAUUCCAAAUGAGACGGAUGCUUUAUGCCUUUUGUUGACCCCAACAGUGUUGUUCUAAAACCCUUUUUUCUGUCAUGUAAUGCUUAUCAGAGCAAACAACCCUGUAACGCAGGAAGACAAUUAGCAUGUGUUGCUAAAGCUUGUAGCCUAAUUUUUGAGUGCAGUAACGUCUGAACAACACUUAGAACCUGUCACAGGUACAUUGUGGACACUCAGAAGGCACAGAACUUUGCCGGUUGUGUGAGUAUUUGUUUGUUUUCUGCUUUUGUGGGCUCAAUAAGGUGAAAAAAAAAAGAAACUUCCAAUUUUCCUGUGGCAGAGAAAGAAGUAAAAUGUCUGUAGUUCGUAGGGAAAUUUGCAGCUUUAAAACUUCAGUAGGGAGUUUUGAGACACCUGUGAACUUAGCCUGAAUUUUGAGUCAGAGCCAUGGGGAACGUCUGGCUCUGAUGGAUCUUUCUGACAGGUAGCGGUAGAUCAGCAGUUUCUGAAACACUCAGAUCAGUCCAUCUAUCACCAAAAACCAUGCCACAUUCAAAGUCACUUAAAUCACCUUUCUUCCCCGUUCUAAAGCUCUGUUCGAACUGCAGGAGGUCGUCUUGACCAUGUCUACAUUCCUAAAUACAUUGUGUUGCUGAUAUUGAGUCAUGUGGGAAGGUGGAGAACCCUCCCACCUGACUGUGGGAGGGUUUAACACAAAUACUUAAAAACCUCUGGAAGGGAUCACCUGUGGAAUCAAAAAUUAUUUAUUGCUGGUUUGCAAUCAAAGAACAUUUUUCUU